AUGACAUCAACUAAUGCAACUGAAGAAACAAUACACACUGAUUUAGAAGCUGCUAAAAAUGGUCUAGAAGUUCUAACCAAAAGUUCAAUUACAGAGUUACGAUCGUUUGCUCGACCACCUGCGGUAUGUCUGUCGGUAUUCGAUGGUAUAGGAAUAUUAUUUGAACCACCAAAGGCGAAGUUCGAAUGGAGUGAUGCCAAAAAAUUAAUGAACGAUCAGUUUCUGUAUCGACUGGUAGAAUAUGAUGUCGACAAAAUUACCGAUGAGCAAUUAAUACGAUUGACAGCAGUACUCGCUCGAGAUGAAUGUCAAUUAGAUCGUGUAAAAAGUACAUUAUUCGCAUGUUAUCCUAUCUGCACCUGGCUCCAUCAUAUUGUGGCAUACAAAAAGACUCAACAAUACUUAUCGCAACAACAAACUCAUACUUGA